UCUUCUACGUUUGAUUGGUAACAAACAUAUCACCACACAAACAAACAAACACUCUUAUCAUCUCUACAUCUUCGCUUGAACAAAAUGGGUGUUAUCUCUUGUUGGAUACUCCAAGUUGUUCUUGUUUUACAACUACAAGUACUUGUCGUUUUGUCUCAGAACAUCAUCAGCGGAUCUGUUCCUGUCGGAGAAUCUCUGACCGCUUCAGAAUCCCAACAAUUCUCCAGUUCAUGGCUUUCCCCUUCUGGUGACUUUGCUUUUGGCUUCCGCAAGAUUCAACCAAACGAUGGUUUCACUCUCUCCAUAUGGUUCGACAAGAUUCCUGACAAGACGAUUGUGUGGUAUGCACAAACCGUCAACACAACCACCGGUCUUGUCCCUGAGGGUUCGAAGGUUACGCUAACCGCAGAUCGUGGUCUUGUCCUUACUGACCCUGGAGGUCAGCAGCUCUGGAGCUCUUCACUUCCUCAAACUAGGAGCUCUGUUUCUCGAGGGCUAAUAACAGACGCCGGAAACUUACGUCUGUUAAGUGAAGAUUCAGAUGUAGCUUUAUGGUCUAGCUUCGCUAAUCCCACCGACACUCUGUUACCUAGUCAAAGUAUUGAAGUUAGAGGGAAUCUCUCAUCUCGCCUCAAAGAGACUAGCUUCCAGAAAGGAAGAUUCAGGCUACGUUUAGGUGACGAUGGAGAUCUUCAGCUUCUUACUCUCAACAGCGAGACGCUAGCAGAAACAGAUGUAUACUUUUCGUACUACUCAAGUAACACAAAAGACCCUCAUAAUCCCGGGAAUCGAUUGGUUUUCAACGAGACAGGCUACAUGUAUGUAGUAAUGAACGACAAUACAACGAGAUUCUAUGUCAACAAUAAAGAUCCAGUACCGUCCAAAGACUUUUAUCACCGUGCCGUUUUACAUUUCGACGGGGUUUUCUCUCAGUACUAUCAUCCCAAGAGGCAAGGGGUUAAUAAUAGUGAUAAUGGAUGGUCUCUGGCUUGGUCUGAACCAGAGAAUAUAUGUGCAAAGAGGUUUGGACCGUAUCUUGAUGCUAAUGAGCUUGGGAAUCUAGCUUGUGGGUUUAAUAAUAUAUGCAUUUUAGGAGAUAAUAAUAGGCCAAGAUGUGAAUGCCCCAAGAGGUUUUUGUUGGUGGAUCCAGAUGACGAGUAUGGUGAUUGUAAACCUGAUUUUGAGAUGCAAAUUUGUGGACGAGAGAGUAACCAAACAGCAGCAGCGGACCAGGAUGCAAAUCUCUACGAGUUUGUGACUUUGAGGAUGACAAAUUGGCCGUCAGGGGAUUACAAGAGGUAUUCAAAUUAUGAUGAAGAAAGGUGUAAAGCAACUUGUCUCAAGGACUGUUUUUGUGGAGCAGUGGUGCUUGGAAAAGAUAAAUUAUGUUGGAAGAAGAAGUUUCCAUUGUCUUAUGGCAUUAGAGAUACGAAUGGUGAGAGUGAUACAUUCAUUAAGGUUCUUAAACUUGGAUCACGAUCCUGAUAUGUUAGAACUUCAGGAUAUCGUGCCCCUCUCUAAUACUAAGGUUCAGAAGUUAUAUGUUUAUCUCUGUUGUGGAAGGCGAGAAUUUUAAAGAGAAAGCGAAUCGAGGUAUAUAUGGUUUUCGUGUAUGAAGCUCACAAAAUCAAGAACAUCAUCAUGACAAGUUGAGCAUAGCUUAUUUUGUCUGAUUUCUGUUAGUUAUAAAAAUUGUUAUCUCGUAAUUACAUAACGUAGUUUUUAUUUCAAGAUAACGUAUUAACAUUAUGGUUUAAUUACAAAAUUAUAACGAUGGGAAUUUAUUUUUUUA